CCAUAUUUGUUAUUAUUUUUGUGUUCGAGAAUAACAUGAAUGACAACUUAUAGAUUACCCCCUCUGUCCCAUUUUAAUAAUCGUUUUAAGUUUUGCGCAGUUCUUACAAAAAUAAUUAGUUUAGUUGAUUUCAAUGAUAAAAUUAGAGUCUUAGAUAGGUGGUGUAGUUGGUAAAUUAAUGAUCUCUGACAAUUGUAUACUUGGUAGAACAGGCAGUUCGAUUGUUGGUAAAGACUAAAAUAAAUUUGAACACAAUGAACUUGGAGAGCAAAACAGCAUUAGACAUAGCAAGCACUCCACGGAUCAAGAGUAUGUUAUUCAGAGUUGGAGCAAAACCUAGCUUAGAAGUCACUCAUAAUCCCACACUUGCACAUAGGUUCAGGAUUGGACGUAGACGGUCUAAGUUCAGAAUUAGAGCAAAUAUGACAGAGGAGAACCGUAACACUUGGUUGAUAAUUGCGACUCUCGUUGCAACUGCCAUCUAUCAAUCAGGAUUGAGUCCUCCUGGUGGAAUUUAUCAGGUUAGUGUUGGUGAUGACAAUGGUGUGAACAUCACUUCCUCAAAUUCUACUAUUUCUACUCCAGAAAAUGCUGGGAAAUCGGUCAUGCCUGGAUAUGAAUUCUUUUUGUUUUUAAUUGUAAACUUGUAUCCCUUUACUGUAUCAAUUAUAGCAAUAUAUCUUAUGAUACCAACAUUAAGUGGACAAUUUAUGGGCUUUCUAGUGGCUUCUCCAGUGGGUUGGUUCAGCGCUAGUCAUUUAUUUACGGAAAGUAUACAUAGACACACCAAAUGUCACACACCCCUUCAUACCACCAAUGACAUGGCUAAAAUACUUUAAAAAAUUGAUCUUUGAUGACAUGGUAAAUAAUUCUUAAAACAAAUAAGAAAUAG